AUGGAUUUGAAGCCUCCUCCAUUGACAGUACCCGCCACGCCUUCUUAUCCUCCCCAGACUGCUCAUCCUAUGAAGCCCGCCCCAAGUCCUGCUUAUUAUCUGCCCAUCCCCGCCGCACCUUCCUACUCGGUUCCAAGUCCCUCAGCAGUGCCUACUUAUCCGGGAGUACCUGCUUCUUCUCCUCCAUUACCUACACCCGCCGCGAGUCCUGUUUCCUACCCCCCAGUUCCUGCACCACCAGAACCAUACCCUUCACCACCGGAUCAUAAAGGAAUUAAAGGAGCAUAUUGGCCUUCGUUUGAUGGAUUUGAAGCCUCCUCCAUUGACACUUCAUAUUUCACCCACAUUUUCUAUGCGUUCCUCUUGCCUGACCCCGUGACAUUCAAGCUUAAUGUCACGCCAUUCGACCAACAAAAAAUACCCGGCUUCAUUCAAAACCUACGUACCCGAAAUCCGCCCGUAAAAACCCUACUAUCCAUGGGUGGGGGGAGUGAUGCUAUUGCACUCAUAUUCGCAAACCUAUCCGGUGCCCAAGAAACACGGAAAGUUUUCAUCGAUUCAACCAUCGAAGUGGCUCGAACAUACGGAUUUGAUGGUCUGGACCUGGACUGGGAAUAUCCUGCUAAUGAUCAGGAAAUGAUCAACCUUGCUUUGUUAGUUAAAGAAUGGCACGAAGCAUUGGUCCAUGAAGCUAGCGCCAGUGGCAAACCACGUUUGUUACUAACUGCUGCGGUCUAUUACUCUUCGCAAUUCACUACAUAUGGUCUGCCCAGAUCCUACCCUGCUGAUUCUAUCAAUAAAUAUGUUGAUUGGAUCAAUCCAAUGUGCUAUGAUUACCAUGGUACAUGGGAGAAUUUCACAGGACCAAAUGCAGCAUUAUAUGACCCAAAGAGCAAUGUUAGCACAAGUUCUGGCAUUGGAUCAUGGAUCCAAGCCGGUGUUUCGCCGAAAAAGCUAGUGAUGGGCCUCCCGUUAUACGGCCGGACGUGGAAGCUCUUGGAUCCGAAUGUUAAUGGAAUUGGAGCACGAGCUGUAGGGAAAGGACCUGAAGACGGGAUCUUGGAUUAUUAUCAGGUUCUUGAAUUUAACAAGGAGAACAAUGCUAUAGUCAAUUUUGAUGGACAAACUGUGUCCUACUACUCUUAUGCUGGCGGCUUCUGGGUUGGGUAUGAUGACUCCAUAACCAUUGAUUGGAAGGUCCAGUUUGCAAGGUCUCGAGGCUUGGGUGGAUACUUUUUCUGGGCUUUGGGCCAGGAUAAGGAUUGGAUUAUCUCAAAACAAGCUUCGAACUCUUGGGAUCACUGAGAAAAGUAGCAGCUUCAAAGACGUGGGAGUGGAAAUAACUUUGAAGUUUUAAUUAAUCAACAAUUUUUUAUUUCAUUCUGUUCAAAUUGAAAGACGUCAAUAUAUAUAUAUAUAUAUAUAUAUAUAUAUAUAGAAAAGAAAAGAAAAACGGAGCAUCAUCGGUCAUCAACUCAC